AUGAGGAUGCCAGAGGUGGUGGCUGUGGUGGAGGGAGAGGUGGCUCCCUACCUCCGAGGGGGCGUAGCAGGGCAGCAGGUGGUGUUGGAGGGAAACAGGCUGGUGCUGACCUGCCUGGCUGGAGGCAGCUGGCCUCUGCAGUACCGCUGGACUCUCAACAACAGCAACAUCACCGACUGGACACAACAGUUCAGGCUGUCCGUCUCGUCCCUGAAGAGGACCGACGCCGGACUGUAUCAGUGCACAGUGAGGAACAGGAUGGGAGCGGUUAUCCACAGGAGAACAGAGGUGCAGGUGGCCUAUGUAGGCAGCUUCUCCACGGAGGAGCAGAGAAAGACUGUGACUCAGGGCCGGGCUGCCAUCAUCAGCACGCCGCCCCUCGCCUCCUUCCCCCGGCCCCUCGUCACAUGGUUCAAAGACGGACAGAAGAUAAUCCCGAACAACCGAAUAGCGAUCAGUUUGGACAAUCAGCUGGUCGUCCUGGGGAGCACGGCGAUGGACGCGGGGCGCUACCACGUGGAGGCGGUGAACGAGCUGACGGGAGAGAACGUGACGAGCGCCGCCGUGUACCUGAGCAUCUCAGAAGACAGUUUUGUGAUGUAG